AUGAACUUAAAGACCUACCGGAGUGUCAAGCGAGCUGAAGAAAAGGAGAUGGUGAGCAAUAAUAUCCACAAAUUGAGUUCUGUAUUGAGAUGUGUUAAACAGUACGGGCUGUACAGGCUCUUCCCAGAAGACUGCUACGGUCUUUUCCUUGGAGAUGGCACAGAAUGGGAAGAUAAUAUAUUGCUUACGCAAAUAUCCACACCAGAUAUGAAACGCCUUCCACUACCGAGCUGUCAUCUCUUUGAGGUUCAUUCUCGAUUCGCCACUGCAUUACAUCAAUUUUUUGUUGAUGACAAAAUUUCUAAAGGUUGGCCAAAGGGUCAGCGCUUGGGAUUACUCUCAGAUUUUCCCUUUUCCCCAAUCAGGCAGAUUUUCUGUAAUUUAUGGCUGCGUCUACCGUCUGCAGCCCGUGUAUACUGCUAUCACUACUUGUUACGAUUCGGGGGAUGGCUUUAUGGACCCACUGGAGCGAUAUCAGUUACUCGAAUCCCUCUUGGGCUUUACAUCAAGCAAACCACACGUUCUGGCCUGAACGAACCUAAUGCCCUCAAACUUAUUGAAGAGUUUAUAUCCAUCCCUGCACCACGUUUCGUCGAUGUCGCAGAACACGGGGAUGACCAUUAUCUCGUGAUGACACGCGUCCGUGGUCAACUGCUUCGACACGUUUAUCACUUGAUGUCUUACACUGAACGUGAUUGCCUUGCAGAUGACUUGACCGAUUAUGUUGCACAGUUAAGGAAGAUUCCCAACCCUACGGCAUAUAUGAUAAGUGACACAUUGGGAGGCCCACUAUUCGAUCAUCGUAUUCCCAAUAAUGAAAUUGGAGGUCCUUCUAAUACAGAAGCCGACUUUAACAAUUUCCUUGUUAGUCACGUAGACUCUAUACCUGCUAGAGCUCUCGGGGAAGAAAAUGUGCCGAGAAAUCAUCGUUCCGUAUCCACACAUUCAAAUCUUCAUUGGUCGAAUAUCUUGGUAGAUCAAGGAAAGCUGUCUGGUAUUAUAGAUUGGGAAUGCGCAGGAUUUAUGCCAGAAUAUUGGGAGUUUACUAAGGCUAUGUAUAAAAUCUUGCUGCACAAGGAUAAGAUGGAACUUAUAAGAAGGGCAUUUGGGAACAAGUAUGAGAACGAAUUGAAGGCCGAAAUGAAGUUGUGGGAGAUGACCCCUUUUGGUUGUUAA